AUGCAGAUGAAAGAUGAUGAGGCUUUUAUCCGUCCAUUCUGGUCCAACAAGACUGAAUACAUCAUGGCCCAGGUGGGCUACUCUCUCAAGCCACUCAAUCUCUGGCAUUUUCCUUUGCUGUGGCUUCACAAUGGAAGUGGUACUUUUUUCAUCAUCUACAGCCUCAUGAUGUUCUUGAUUGGUGUUCCACUUCUAUUCCUGGAGAUGGCAACUGGUCAGAGGAUGCAGCGGGGCCCUAUUGUUGCUUGGAAAGCGACCAGCCUGUGGAUUGGUGGUUUGGGUUAUUCCAGUUUCGUGUUGUGCUUCAUCACCAGCAUAUACAUGAAUGUGAUCAAUGUCUGGACUCUCUUCUACUUGAGCCAGUCUAUCCAGUAUCCUCUUCCAUGGGAGCAGUGCCCCUUACUGAAGAACUCCAGUGGCUUUGACCCUGUAUGUGCACGGACGACACCCUCCAUGUACUUCUGGUAUUGGCUGACACUGAAGGCCCCAGACAAGCUUGAGAUGGAUGGGUCACCGAAUUUACACCUAAUCCUGCCAUUGACUGUGACCUGUCUUCUUCUUGGUAUUUUCACGUGUAAUGGGCUCAAGUUCAUGGGUAAAAUAAUGACUUUCUUUGUAAUGCUACCCUAUGUCAUCAUUUUCUGUUUCCUCAUCCGGAGCCUGCUGCUGGAAGGGAUAACAUUUGGCCUUCAAUAUUUGAUGGUUAGCAGGAUCUCAGCUCUAUACAACAUUAGUGUGUGGUGGCAAGCAGGGAACCAAGUCUUAUAUACCUUGGGCCUAGGCCUUGGCUCUAUUGUCUCCAUGUCUUCGCACAUUCCACAGAACAACAGUUGUCUCAAUGAUGUCAUUAUUAUGGUUUUGCUCAACCUAUUUACAACGCUGCUUUACACAGCUUUUGUGUUCUCUAUCCUGGGCUUCUGGGCCACAGUCAUCACUCACCGUUGCUUUGAGAAGAAUGCCGAAUUACUUGUGGAUCUGGUGAUCCAAGGGAGACUGCCACCUGAGGCCAAGCCUCCUCCUAACCUGAAUGAAAACCCAAUCAACAUCUUUACGUCCUGGCUUAACAGACUUUCUGAGCCCCUCAGGUCGACUGUUAUCUCAUACAUGACUGAGUGCAGCAGAGAACAGCAGUUUUUGAAGGUUAAAGAGGGCUCAGAGUUUGCAUUCCUGGUCUUUACUGAAACCAUGUCCUUCAUUCCUGGGUCUGUCCUCUUGUCCAUCGUCUUCCUCAUAUUGUUGCUGUGCCUGGGAUUGGGCAACGUGCUGGGGACCAUGCAAGGCAUUAUGAUUCCCCUUCAGGACUCCUUUACUUCUUGCAGGAAACAUCGAAAGCUGUUUUUCGAUUUCAUGUUUUGUCCAGGACUUCUCUCAGUGAUCAUGUUCCUGUUUGGCCUCUUCUUCAUUCAACCUUCCGGCUUCUACUAUUUCAGACUGCUGAAUGAUUUCUGGAUCCCCAUCCCCAUAUUAAUCUUCACAGUACUCGAGGACUUGGCUGUGGCCUGGGUCUACAGGACCAGGAGAUUCUCUGAAGAAUUGGCGUGCCUGAGUGACAGUGCCAUCUCUCCCAUCUAUUAUUGGCUGUUGACAUGGAUUACGCCAGUGGUGCUCUUGGGCCUCUUCGUGACUGCAGUGAUUCGUCUCUCCAGUGUGAAGACCUAUACUGCUUGGGAUGUCAAGACUUCAGAAGAGGUGCUUCAAGAACUCCCAUAUUGGAGUAAGAUUCUGAUGACUGUCUUAAUUUUCAUCAUUAUUAUUCCCAUCACCACAUGCUUAUUAUACUGCCUCAUUCAUAAGAUUCCCUUCAGCCACCAGAACUCUGUUACACCUUCGAUGUCUUCCAAGUGCCUGUCCCUAAAUAACACACCCCUUAAUGAUAUCAAAAAGGAAGAAGUGAGUCAAGAUCAAAUUGCUGAUCCCUCUAUUGUGACUUCCUAA